CUACCGUUGCGUCAUACCUUAAGACCUAUUCCUUUUCUUGUAGCUUGUGAACCAUCUUUUAUCUAACGUCGUAGUCAUAUCAAGGAUAUCCGAUCACUAUGCUGUCCUGGAACGACGAUGGAGACGUCUUCUCUCGGAAUGCUCCCUGACGAAGUCAGGGUCCAUGGCGAAGCCUGCCAGCCUCACUGAGGCGCAGCGUGCUGGCUCUUUGCGAAGGUCUGCGGAGGCUCCCUGCGCAUCUGCCUGCAAAAAGGCUACGGACCCGACUAGCUCGCCUCCAGGCAGCCUACCCGAGGCCAGCAGCCUGCUAAGGGGAACCGGCCACGCAGCUGAGGGCACCCUUGGUGCUGAAGGAUGGUGGCGCCACAUGGACCACAGCCAGAUGAAUGAGCAGCCGCUGCAGACGCCCAAGCCCGCGGAAACCAAGGGCUUCGUUCCGCAAUUCGGCAUCACUGGUCAGAACCGCUCCCUGUGGGCAGAUGAGGCUCCUGCCACGCCUGCUGCGCCGCCAGCUGAGGCCACACCGGCGCCGGCGGAUCCCGCUCAGCCGGGCAGCGCUGUCACUCUUCCUGCCACUGCUCCGGAGACUGCCAUUCCUGCCGCUGCCGUCUCCGAUGUGCAUGUCCAAGACACAACCAUCCAAAACGCGGGGACAACGGGAUGGUGGGCGCACAUGGACAACAGCAUCCUCAACAAGCCCGCCGAGGCGGCGCCCCUGGCCCCGGGUGAGGUGCGCAAGGGCGAGCGGGUCAUGGGCGGCGGCUUCACCCCGCAGUUCGGAGUGGCAGGCGGCAACCACUACGGAUCCAUCUUCGAUCAGCCGCAAGAUGCCAAGCCUGCUGGCGAUGACAGCGACUGGUCGAGCUUUACGUCCGCUCCCAGGGCUUGAGGGACGAGAGUCGAGCCUGGAAAUGAAGUGCCUCGUCACGAGGUGCGCCGGGUGAGGCAUGGAGCUUGCGAAGGCCGGGCGGCGAGGGGGCUGGGGGCCUCCCGUGUGGGGUUCGUGACUUCGUGUCCCUUGGCGUUCUUUGGAUGUGCAGCUCGGACGCCUAGCGUGCUGUUUGGCAUGACACUGCAGUAACACAUAAUAAGAAUGAGCAUCGACGGUGACCACGCAACGGAGCCGCGAUUAGACAAUAAUUAUGCCCUUGGUAAGAUGGCGUCAAGUAAGCUGAAAGUGCUGAUGGUGGGAACCACGGGUCGACGGGUAAUCUGCUGUGGGCCGGCAGAGGUAUAUUGUGUUUAUGGGCUGUGAAGGCUGUGAUAUGCACUUCAAGUACGCGGUAUUUAUUUCCAAGUAUGGAUAUAGGAGGAAUGGGCAUGUUGUAGCUUAGUGGCCACUCUUACGCUUGACUUUCUUGCAGUAUUGCAAAGGUCCUAUAAAGCGUUAGCAAUAAUUUGAAAGGGUAAUUCUUUAGGCUGUACUGUAGCCUAUGUCUCUUGGAUAGGGCCCGAUAAAGGCAAUAGUAAAUUACCCAAACUGCAGGCGUCUUCUCUCAAGCUGCUUUUCUUGCGUGUGGAUUUGGGUUUAGCACGCGCGUGGGGCUCUCAUGUGCAUUGGGGAGGCCGUGUGGAGAGUUCUGGCGUAAGUAGGGGCCACAUGUCUACAAGAAUACAACCACGUGACGUGCAAGGGCAUGGAGCCAACACGAGGCCCUUAAGACCUGUACAGCAAACAAGGCACGCCGUGAAGUGUUGUACUCAUCUUCGACUUGUGUCAUUGCUUGAAGUGCUGCUGUUUCUAGGCGUGACGACUUACGGUGUUGUGGGUACCAGUACAUGCGCUUGCAAUGACACGGGCGUUCAUACAUGGCAACAAAGCAGUGGCACCGUAUGUAAGGACACAGCGGAAAUCAGCCAUGGCCGCUGCUCACAGGGGUGUUUU